CAGGAGGCCUCUCUGUUCCAACGGCUUUCAGGUUUUCAGUUGCCGUCGCGUCACUACCGUUGGUAGUAGUCCUUGGAGAGCUGUUACCUGCGCACCACCACCAUGGCUGCAGAAAAAUGUUCCCUUACUGAAGGCAAAAAGAAACGAGAAGAGCUGGUCAGGACCCUGUCAUGGCAGCACCUGGUGAAGCAGAGGGAGGAGGAGGAGGAAGAAGAAGAAGAGGCACUGAAGAAGGAAGAGGAGGAGGAGGAAGAGGAGGAGGAAGAGGAGGAGGAGGAAGAGGAAGAAGAGGAAGGGCCAGACAGUAGCUCUGACGACCUGAGCCCCAAGACCCCCUGCAUGCACCCAGAUCUCCUGGAGCUGGCGGUGGACCGAGAGAAGUGCCGCAACAUCCGCAGGCAGUACCGGCAGCUCAUCUACACGGUGCAGCAGAACCGCGAGGACAUCGUGAACACGGCCAGCGACUCGCUGACCGAGGCCCUGGAGGAAGCCAAUGUGCUGUUCGACGGGGUGAGCAGAACCAGAGAGGCAGCCCUGGACGCCCAGUUCCUGGUUUUGGCCUCUGAUCUGGGUAAAGAAAAGGCAAAGCAAUUAAACUCCGAUAUGAGCUUUUUUAAUCACGUCGCCUUCUGUGACCUGCUGCUGGUGUUUGUGGGCCUCAACUGGGUGGAGGAGGAAUGCGAAGAAUUGAGCAACUGUGAUGAUAGCAUAGCUCUUUCCUUCUGGAGCGCGCUGCACAGGGAAGCCAAGUCCUGGAUGCUGCAAGCUGAAAUGUUCCACUUCAUUUUUGGUUCUUUUAAGGCAGAACGUUCUGCACGAAAGCCCCGGCUUGAACAUCACAAGAGAGCUUGCAAAAUGGAAGGAAGUGGGGAUAUGCCUACAAAGUUGAGGAAACUGGAUGUGCAUGCUAAUCAGGAGACGACCGAAAAAGAAGUCGAGAGAAUCUUGGGAUUGCUGCAAACCUACUUUCAGAAGUACCCCGAUACUCCAGUGUCGUAUUUUGAGUUUGUGAUUGAUCCAAACUCAUUCUCUCGCACUGUGGAGAAUAUCUUCUAUGUGUCUUUUAUUAUUAGGGAUGGUUUUGCAAGAAUAAGGCUUGACCAAGACAGACUGCCGAUUCUGGAACCAACCAAUGUUAACCAGGUGGAUGAAGAAAAUGAUUCCUGUUCUUACUGCAGGAAACAAGGAGUUAUAUCUUUGAGUUUACAGGACUGGAAAAAUAUUGUCUCCACUUUUGAAAUUUCAGAGGCUAUGAUCAAAAACUCAUACUAAAGAGUUUUAUUUGUAGUGUAUGACUCCAUCUUGAACUAGCAUUGAAAAAUGGAAUCUAAACAGAAGCAUAUACUCUAGUAAACUAUUUUCAAGAACAAAUGAAAUUGUCUGUGCUUACUUGAUAAUAAGGUUGUAAUCUUAAAAGUUCAUUAUGCUUAUGGGAAAUUUUUUUUGAAAUCCAAAUCUCAGUAAGCUCCUGAGUUUCUUAGAUGGUAUUAGCCAACUUGCUAAAAACAAAAACCAGGACUCACUGUGAUCCUGAAUUGCUUUGUCUGAUGUGGCAAACUUAAGGGUAAUGGGGCUUUUCAUCAAGUUGGGGAAAGAGUGAGAAAAGAGACAAGAAAAGUCAGUAGUAUUAAGGCUAAAAAUUCCUAGGUAUAUGCUUCUUUUCAAAAAGUGGAUCUCUGUAUUCUGAACUUUGUUUUUGAUAAAUGAAUCUAAUAAAAAAUAUGUGUGUACACUGACAAGACUGAAGUUAGUUAACUAAGGCUUGAAAGGUAGGUCCAAAUUUAGACAACGAAGAAAGCAUUCUGGGUUGUUUUGAGCCCACGGAAUUGUGGCUGUCCUGGAAGUCACAGUAAUCUGCCUGCACCUGCCUCUGCCUCCCACCACACUGAGCGUGAAGGCAUUCUAGGUAAGGUCAGAUGUGUGCAAUUGAGACAAGUUGGGAGAGGAUGUGCAGAUUUAUAGAAAACUUUACACUUGACUAUGAAGCUGGCAGGAAUUGCUAUGACCUCACCACUGUUCUGGGGCAGACAAUAUUUUUUAUCACUCCUAGUUGCAGGCCUUACCUCUGACUAAUGUCACCAGUCAGUGUCCUCGUGAUUUCUACAGCAGAGUAUCACUGAGAUUUCGUGAUGUUUCAAUUCGUAACAACUUUGAUUGUCCCAAUGAACAUCGCUUUAAAAAACAAAAGCCCAAGGUUGACUCUGUAUCUGGUCUAUACCGUGAGAAUUCUCCAUCCACCCCUGGUGCUUGUGCCCUAGAUGCCCAGUUUCUUGUGGGCCAAAGUUGGAAACUAGGUGCUGAUUUGAGUAGUCGGGCUGACUGUGUAGCCUUUUGCUUCUGGAAGAUUGCAUCAGAGGAAGCAAGUCAGGAACUCCUGUUGCAGUUGUUUGAAUUUUUUUCUUUCUCUUGGUACCUUGCAGUUUUAAGAGUGUAAAUCACAGGACAACUGGGGAUGUGGUCCAGUGGUUAGGUGCUUUCCUAGCAUGAGUCCUGUUUUAGCUUCUAUCCCCAACAUGAGUGGGGCGUCUCUGUGUGGCCAAUUUAUCUGAUGGUCAGUAUAGAAAAUUCCAGAAGAGACAGUGGCCAUGCCCUGAAUAGAAAGAAGUCUUCUGAAUGUAAGUCUUUGUUGCUGAGAAGUGCUGCCACUCAUGUGGUCAGUGGUAUUUUUGUUCCACUCAAUAGUAAGUUUUACUACUAAGUCUAUAGUGGUUCGGGGAGGGAAAUCCAGGAUCUUUGUGUAGGGAGAGUUCAUCACACCAGCAGUGCAUAGAGAAUUCAGGAAAAAAAAAAAAAAACAAAAAUCCUUUCCAAUGCAAACUACUUUCUGUUGUAAGUAGCUGUCUUUCCCCCUUUCUUCACACCAAGAAGUGCACGGGCCACCCUUCAGGCUGAGGGAGCAUCCUCCGCCUUGCUGUUCCUCAUCCCCACAUCUCCGCAGCGCCCUGGCUUUCCUUUGGAUGUCCUUUGGAAAGAGAAUUAGGCGAUAGGAGAUGUUGAGUUGUAGAAAGUAACCGGAUAGCAGAUCUUGCUUGUCAACACUUUAAAAUGAGAAGAUGUGGUAAGAGAAGUGGGGGGACUUACGGGCUUUGUUUUAAAGUCAGAUUUUUAUGGAAAGGGCGUUUUACGAUCCAUAUCAGCCCUAACCUGGGCACCUCAGAUGUUGGUUUGCCAGGUGAAAAUCCUGCCUGCUGUCGAGGGCUUUAAUCCCAAUCCGGAGUUCCUCCCCUGCUUUGAUCAUUCAGUGCCCAGAUGAAAAAGACACAGCCUU